GCUUGUCAUCCGGCCGCCAUUAUCUCGUAUUUAAACGGUUUCAUAAAAUCAAUUAAAGUUCGCGCUGUCGUUGCAUAUAUUCAGUGCGGAGUUCAGUAUAGAUUUGAUAAAUCGACGAACGUGUGAUCAGCCGUCGAAGUAUAGUGUAUAUCGGUUCGGUGGGAACAGUGAGAAGUGGUCCAGUUAGGUUACUGUGUGUCCGGUGGUAUCACAGUGUAGGGUGGCUCCGGCUGGGCUGGGGCGUGUGGACGCGUGGGACGCGCAUGCAGAGGGAGCGGUGAGAGCGCCCGGCGCGGGCUCGGGGCCGGCCAAGGCUCGGGGACAGCUGCCGACAUGGGGUGCGCGCAGUCGGCCGAGGAGCGCGCGGCAGCGGCUCGCAGCCGACAGAUCGAGAGGAACCUGAAGGAGGAUGGCCUCCAGGCCUCUAAGGAUAUCAAGUUAUUGCUACUAGGUGCCGGAGAGUCGGGCAAAAGUACUAUAGUCAAACAAAUGAAAAUUAUCCACGAAAGUGGCUUCACGAAUGAAGACUUCAAACAGUACCGGCCGGUGGUGUACAGCAACACGAUUCAGUCUCUCGUCGCCAUCUUGCGUGCCAUGCCCAAUUUGGGCAUCACCUACGGCAAUAAGGACCGAGAGAGCGACGGCAAGAUGGUGUUUGACGUGAUCCAGCGGAUGGAGGACACGGAGCCGUUCAGUGAGGAGCUUCUUGCGGCGAUGAAGCGGCUUUGGGCCGAUGCAGGUGUACAAGAAUGCUUCGGUCGCUCCAACGAGUACCAGCUCAACGACUCCGCCAAAUAUUUCUUGGACGACCUCGACCGGUUAGGCGCGAGAGAUUACCAGCCCACCGAACAGGAUAUUCUAAGAACAAGGGUCAAAACUACCGGCAUAGUCGAAGUUCACUUCUCUUUCAAAAACCUUAAUUUCAAAUUGUUCGACGUGGGCGGCCAGAGGUCGGAGAGAAAGAAAUGGAUCCAUUGCUUCGAGGACGUGACGGCGAUCAUCUUUUGCGUCGCUAUGUCCGAGUACGACCAAGUGUUGCACGAAGACGAGACAACGAACCGCAUGCAAGAGAGCUUGAAGCUGUUCGACUCGAUUUGCAACAACAAGUGGUUCACCGACACCAGCAUCAUCCUCUUCCUCAACAAGAAGGACUUGUUCGAGGAGAAAAUCCGCAAGUCGCCGCUCACCAUCUGCUUCCCUGAAUACACUGGUGCGCAAGAAUACGGCGAAGCGGCAGCGUACAUCCAAGCUCAGUUCGAAGCCAAGAACAAAUCCACCACCAAGGAGAUCUACUGCCACAUGACGUGCGCCACCGACACCAACAACAUCCAGUUCGUGUUCGACGCCGUGACCGACGUGAUCAUCGCCAACAACCUGCGCGGCUGCGGCCUCUACUAGGCGUCUGUCUGCGCUGUCCCCCCUCGCCUCGCCUCGCCCGGACAGCAUAUCAGUGACGUCAUCGGGCGGCCUCGGCGCAGCGACGGCCACGGCCACUCGCAGCUACGCGUUCUAUAUUAUAUAUUUUUAUGGGAAGUAAGCUUACCGGAUGUACCGCCGAUGUGCAGUAUCGUGUGUCACAUGGCUUGGAGCAUUGUGUCUGUUUUACGUUCGCUCGGGCCGCCGUCGCGACUAGACCGCGGAGUAGUUUCCCCUGUAAAAUAAACCGAGUCGUCCUCAGUUGGCGGCGCGGCAUUCCGACUCGACGUGGCGCCGCCCUCCGUUAGCUCAAUCCUCUUUGAUGAACAAUUAGGUGUCUAGUGUUCAAUUCUAAAUUUUGGUGCUAGUAUAGCGUUUGGUUUGUGCAGUGAGCACUGAGCAUUUGCGGUCUAGUUGCGGCACAGGCGGAGCUCUGGAAACAAACGUGCUUAUAUACUCACUCUCUUACGGACCAAAAACCAGAAAGGAACCAAUAUUUAGUACUGAACUCGGUAGUGAGAUGCAUGAAUACUUUCACAGGCCUAUUUUAACUGAUACAAAACAUCAUUCCAUUAUUAAGUAUUUGCUUACGAUGA